AUGCCAAAGGACAUUCGACAGCCAGCGAAGGAGGGAAAGAGAGGAAGCAAUGGAGAGCCUUUGCCGGAAUCACUGCCUUCUGCCCCAGGUACCCUUCCCCAUUUCCAGAUGGAGCCUGAAGAUGCCUACAUCAUUAAAAGCAAUCCCAUCAUUUUACACUGCCGGGCUAUACCUGCAAUUCAGAUCUACUUCAAAUGUAAUGGAGAGUGGGUGCAUCAGAACGACCACUGGUUUGAAGAGAGUGUGGAUGAAAGCACAGGUUUAAAGGCUCUGGAGGUCUUCAUCAAUGUCACCAGGCAACAGGUGGAAGAUUACCAUGGCUCAGAAGACUACUGGUGUCAAUGUGUGGCUUGGAGCAGUCUAGGCACCUCCAAAAGCAGAAGGGCCUCUGUCCGUAUAGCCUACUUGAGGAAAAAUUUUGAGCAAGAUCCACAAGGAGAAGAAGUCCCCAUUGAAGGAAUGAUUGUUUUGCAUUGCCGUCCCCCAGAGGGAGUACCCAUGGCUGAGGUUGAGUGGCUAAAGAAUGAAGAGCCAAUCGACUCCCUGCAGGAUGAAAAUAUUGACACCAGGGCGGAUCACAACCUGAUCAUACGACAUGCACGGCUCUCCGACUCGGGAAACUACACGUGUAUGGCUACCAAUAUUGUGGCUAAGAGACGGAGUGCGUCAGCCACUGUGGUGGUGUAUGUGAAUGGAGGUUGGUCUUCCUGGUUAGAAUGGUCAUCGUGCAGUGUAAGCUGUGGUCGUGGAGUGCAGAAACGUUCUAGGACUUGCACCAACCCAACUCCUUUAAAUGGUGGAGCUUUCUGUGUUGGUUCCUCAAUGCAGAAGGUCAGCUGCUCAGUCCAGUGCCCAGUGGAAGGAAUGUGGAAGGAGUGGAGUGAGUGGUCUAUCUGUAGCCUUGAGUGUGAACACCAACGUGAAAGAGAGUGCACAAUGCCACCAACAGCAAAUGGAGGAAAACCCUGUGAAGGCCUGAGCCAGGAGUCUGAAAACUGCACAGAUGGCCUGUGUAUUCAAGAGAAAAAACCUCUACAUGAAAUUAACCCUGAAAGCGCUGAGAGUGCCAGUGACAUUGCUCUGUACUCCGGUCUGGGAGCAGCCAUCAUUGCUGUGGCCGUGCUGGUGGUGGGAAUUACGUUAUAUAGAAGGAGCCAGAGCGAGUAUGGCGUGGAUGUUAUUGAUUCGUCUGCCCUGACAGGAGGCUUUCAGACUUUCAAUUUCAAAACUGUCCGACAAGGUAACUCUCUUUUAUUGAACUCUUCACUGCAGCCUGAUUUAACAGUGAGCAGAACAUACAGUGGUCCGAUUUGUUUCCAGGACCCAAUGGACAAAGAGCUAAUGACUGAGUCUUCAAUCUUUAACCCCCUAACAGACAUCAAGGUCAAAGUGCAAAGUUCAUUUAUGGUGUCACUGGGGGUGACAGAGAGGCCUGAGUUCCACAGCAAGACCCUCUCGGGAACCUUUCCCCAUGGGAACAACAGGUGCUUUGGAACAUUACACAAUAGGAACAAAAACCCCUACAUUCAAAACCUAUCAUCAGUUUCAUCCAAGCCAGAGAUGAGAGUCUGUGGAAUUUUUGGCCAUCAAGGAGGGAGGCUGGUGAUGCCAAAUACAGGGGUGAGCCUGUUGAUCCCGCAUGAGGCGAUUGCAGAAGACAACUCAUGGGAAAUCUAUCUGUCAGUCAAUCAAGGGGAACCAAGCUUGCAGCUGGAAGGAUCAGAGGUUCUCUUGGGACCUGAGGUCACCUGUGGACCACUUGAUAUGACCUUCCCUACUCCCGUGGCCUUAACCAUCCCACACUGCGCUGAUGUCAGCUGUGACUGGAAUGUCCGACUGAAGAGAAGAAACCAACAGGGAAAAUUGGAGGAAGUGAUGUGUACAGAUGAUGAAACCACUUCAUUUUAUUGCCUUUUGGAUCCCUUUGCUUGCCAUAUAUUAAUGGACAGUUUUGGCACUUAUGCUUUGGUUGGGGAACCACUCACAGACUGUGCAGUGAAGGAGCUUAAAGUGGCAGUGUUUGGAUGUAUGUCCUGCAACUCCUUAGACUACAACCUGAGAGUUUACUGUAUGGACAAUACUCCAUGUGCAUUUCAGGAAGUACUUGCCGAUGAGCGACAUCAAGGUGGUCAGCUCCUGGAAGAACCAAAGUUGCUUCAUUUCAAGGGGAAUACCUUCAGCAUCCAGAUUUCAGUUCUCGACAUCCCUCCUUUCCUCUGGAGGAUCAAACCAUUUACUGCAUGUCAGGAAGUCCCCUUUUCCCGUGUCUGGUGCAGUAACCAGCAGCCACUGCACUGUGCCUUUUCCCUGGAGCGAUAUACGCCAGCCACCACUCAGCUGUCCUGCAAGAUCUGUGUCAGACAGGUCAAAGGCCAUGAACUGAUUCUUCAGAUUCAAACAUCCAUCCUGGAGAAUGAGCGGGAGACCAUAGCUUUCUUUGCACCUGAGGAAACUAAUUUCCUGGCACACACUGGUCCAAAGGCCUUCAAAAUUCCACACUCCAUCAGGCAGAGGAUAUGUGCAACGUUUGACACACCUAACUCCAAAGGAAAGGACUGGCAGCUGUUAGCACAGAAGCUCUCUAUAAACAGGAAUCUGUGCUACUUUGCAACAAAGAGCAGUCCAUCUGCUGUCAUCCUGGACCUGUGGGAAGCACGGCACCCGUAUGACGGAAGUUUGGAUUCUUUGGCCUGUGCACUUGAGGAAAUAGGGAGGACACAAACCAAACUCUCACUGGUUUCAGAAACUCACACAGAGGAUCCAGACUUUACCUACAGCAGACAGAAUGGACUUUGAGAAGACAUGUUUGUCCAGGUCAGUUCUGGAUAUAUUCCAGUCAGUUUUUGGAAAGACAAAGAAGAAAACAGG